GCUGUCAGCUGCCCCGUCAUCAUGGAGGCUCCGCUCCCGUUCUCCUGGACCUUGCCGCGGGCUCCUUACCGAGGGCCAAGUCAAAGCCCAAGCUUGUGCAGUGGGGAAAGGUGCUCGGUCCUGCUUGGCUCGAUCUGGAGGACACUGCCCACAGUGCCUGCAGUGCUGCCGUGGGCCACGUGCGUCGCGCUGGCCGCGGCGAGUUCUCGAACCCGGACGAAAAGCAAAAAGAAACGACCAGGGCUGGGCUUUAGCAUGAAGAAAGUGUUCGACGAGCCCUUGACGGACUACGACAGUGGCCCCAAGCUCUUUGAGAUAUUGAAAUAUCCGCAUCCUUCCUUGCGACGGCCCAACGAACUCGUGACGGAGUUCGGAGCCAGACUGAAGCAGCUGUCGGAGAACCUCUUCCGUACCAUGUACGCCCGGGACGAUGGUUGCGGCUUAGCAGCGCCCCAGUGUGGCGUGAAUCUGCGGGUCAUGGUCUAUAACUAUCUUCGGACUCUCGAGUCUAUCAAUCCCGCAGGUGAGACGGUCUUUGUCAACCCACGGAUCGUUGCGUCAUCGGAGGACAAAGACGAGGAGGUCGAGGGCUGCUUAUCCUUCCCCGGCUUUGGUGCACCUGUGAUCCGCCCCAUUUGGGUGGAGGUGGAAGCAGUGGAUUUGGAGGGCAAGCCGUACACCAAACGAUUGGAAGGCGAGGAGGCUCGUAUUUUCCAACAUGAAUACGACCAUUUGGAUGGGGGGGUGUACAUUGAUCACGUGACGGAGGAGGACCGGCAGGUCAUUGCGCCGCAGCUGAAGAAACUGAUGUCAGACUACUCAGCUGGAGGUGGCAAAGACCCGAAGCCAUGAGACCAGCAGAUUCAAAAAAGGGCCCUAGUGGCUGAUGUCGA